UCACAUGCCGGGAUAUAAUGCAAAUGACCCAUGAAGAAGAAUGGAAUCUGCUAUCAAGAAAUUCGAGAACGACGCCAAUAGGGAUUCGAAGGCUUCGUAUCCUGCCGUGAAGUUUGGCGGGUUUGAAUGGCGGGAAGCACGGGCUACGGGGACGAGAUUUUCAAAUCAUACCGUCUUAGACUUGGCUCAGCGGUCUUCAAGUCCGUUGGAAAUCAUAUUCGCGCCUCUUGACGUCCCCAAUCCGCAGACAGUGGGAGAUUUGAUUGCGUUAUAUAAGCUCCAUUCAAUCCCUGACGCCUUCAUUUCAGAGCGAUUGCACAAUGUCUCCCACUCGUUCGGAACCGUUGAAGAAACUGAAGGAUACAAUUAUUGCUGGUUCCAUUUUGUGUGCAAGAAUGUUCCAGUUGAAGAAAUCAACGGAGUUAAGUAUGUCGGGAACAGAGCUGACGGUCUCCGCCAAGCCGACUUUACUUGGGUCCGCUCGGCAUAUUGUCUGAAAACCAAGCCGGGAAUGAAAACAUCAAGCUGUUCCGAGGCUACUUUGAUGGUUUUCGGAGGAGAAAAGCUACUUUGGGAGAAGCUCGAUGUCCUGGCUAGUAGUACUCCGUGUCAAGAUAUUUUAGAAGAUCCGUACUGUCUAUUAAAUAUCGUGUUCGAAGUCCUCUAUUCUCGAAUCGACAACUUAGCCUGGGAUCUAGCAACGGUAUACAGCAAAGAAGAGGAGAAAAUUUUGAGGUCCGCAUCUCAUCCAGUACUUGCAGCAGCGGGCCUGGAUUUUGUGGGGCUGCACAUGCUGUCAAAGCACCAAAUAUAUCUUGUGGAGGCCACUGAAGCGGUAACGGCGACACUGGAAUCGGUAAAAGAGCACCAUGACCGGAUCACCAGAGCCUCAACCUCAGAAACACCCAUCGUUUGUGAGACGCGUGCGAGAUUCCGGCACCGUGGAACACUGUUCAAGUCAACCUAUCUUCGGCUCAAAAGUUUGGAGAAAAGAACUCAGAACAUGAUUAAUUUGUCUUUCAACCUUGUGACCCAGGCAGAUUCGACAAUCAUGAAAGCCGAAAGUGGCUCCAUGAAAAUAAUCGCUGCGAUGACUCUCGUUUUCCUCCCUUGCACUGCAGUGGCGACAAUCUUCAGCACGCCCUUCUUUUACCUCCAUGAUAACGAUAAGAAGUCGCUUGGCAUGUCCCCUUACUUUUGGUUGAUCUGGGUCAUCUCUAUUCCUCUGACUUUAUUGGUACUAUAUGCAUGGCAUAGGUAUCAGAAGCUGCUUGCGAAGCACCUCUUCGAAGACACGCAACCAACCUCUGCUCAUGAAUCGGCUAGGGGCAUCAGAACGGGCGGGUUUGAUUCUUCAGUGUCUUCUGGCCCAAUGUCAGUGUAGAUUUCCUCGUUUCUGCUUCUUGGUAUGCUCCUUGGUUUGGGGAUCAAGCGGGAGCUUCGCUGGUAGAGUAAGUCGAGGUUGCUAAACUGGGCAGGGACUCACUUGAAAUUAUUUGAGCCCACUUCCUGGUCUCACAUGGGAAAUGAGAUCCCUGAGUCUAUACUUACCAAAAGGUUUCAUAUUUGAUUCAUUUCUGAGUUCGUGAUACUGGAUGUACCUUACAUCAUGCCAGACGUUUCAACACAUCCAUUUCAGUAAGGGGGCCAGCAACCAGAAGGAUUUGUUGAUGCUUGAGCUUAGCAAGCCAUCCAUCAAACGCGUCUCUUUUGUUUUCUUCUUAUAAACCUCCCCGGUAAUCCGUCGGCAGGUUUCGCACUCGCAAUCAGCUAUUGGUAUGCACGUUGAACAAACAUCCCUCUCCUCCCCUCCAACAAAC